AUGGAAAAGCUUCUGAAAUCUAUAAUUUUUACUCACUCCCUUCUAUCUAUAGACACCAAAAAACAGCGGGUUGUGAUAUUGGGCUCCGGAUGGGCAGGAUAUACCUUUUCUCGCACCCUUGACCCGUCCAAGUACGAGCGAAUUGUCAUCUCCCCUCGCAGUUACUUUGUCUUCACGCCACUGCUGGCCUCGACAUCUGUUGGCACGCUUGAGUUCCGAGCCGUGCUUGAGUCUGUCCGCCGUCUGCCAGGAGGCGUGCGCUUCUAUCAAGGAUGGGCCGACGAGGUCGACUUUUCCCGAAAGGUCAUCCGCGUUGAAGCCAAUGCUGUCGACCCUCUCCCAGAUGCGCUGCUACCGUCGAUAUCGCCCCAGACAAACCAGCCACUAGGAAACGAGAUAUUUGACGUCGAGUACGACAAGCUUGUCAUUGCCGUCGGUGCCUAUAGUCAGACUUUCGGUAUCCCAGGCGUACGAGAACACGCGCACUUCCUACGUGAUGUAGGCGAUGCGCGACGCAUCCGGUUGCGAGUGCUCUCUCUCUUCGAGCAAUGUUCCUAUCCAACUUCUUCAGGCGACAAAAACGGGAGAAUAGCAGAAAACGCGCUCUCAGAAGAGGAAAAGCGAUCCCUGCUUCACUUUGUCGUCGUGGGUGGCGGUCCAACGGGAAUCGAAUUUGCGGCAGAGCUACACGACCUAAUCCACGAGGACUUGAAGGCCAUGUACCCGGAGCUAAUUCCACUGGUGCGUAUCACCGUCUAUGAUAUCGCGCCUAAGGUGCUGCCCAUGUUUGAUCAGGCGUUGGCGCAGUAUGCCAUGGACACGUUUGCACGGCAAGGCAUCGAAGUUCGGACAGAGCAUCAUCUCGAGCGUAUAAGAGUGGCUGAUGGAGCUCUUGGGGAUGCACAUGGUGGCCUCAGCAUCAAGAUCAAGGAAUAUGGUGAUGACGAGAUCAACGCCGGGUUAGUGGUCUGGAGUACCGGGUUGAUGCAGAAUCCAUUGGUAGAGCAGUUGGUGAGCAAAGAGUUUGCCAUCGCCAAGGACUCAGCAUUGGAACAAGACAAAACCUCGCUACACCGUCUCCUCAAGGACCCUAAGACUGGCGGAAUCUUCACAGACCGCUACCUUCGUGCUCGCAUAACUGAUGGCCAAGACACCGCUGCCGGUACAGGGGAUGUUUUGCCAGACGUGUAUGUAAUGGGUGAUUGCGCCGUAAUCGAAGCCGACCGGUCAUUGCCGAAAACAGCGCAGGUUGCCUCUCAGCAGGCAGGAUACCUCGCGAAGCAACUCAAUAAAAGCACCCAAUCUCUUUCGAAUCCUACCGAUGUCAGCAACUCUUGGAAACCCUUCAAAUUCCGCAACUGGGGCACGUUGACAUACCUCGGUGGCUGGAAGGCGAUUCACCAGAGUUCUGCUGACGAGCUACGCGGGUGGGUAGCCUGGAUUGUAUGGCGAGGAGCAUAUCUGACGAGAAGCAUGAGUGUUCGAAAUAAGCUGAUGGUUCCCGUAUAUUGGUUUGUGUCUUGGCUGUUCGGGAGAGACAUUUCACGAUUCUAA